AGGUACAUAGGCAGAGACGAUGCUGGCCGGUGAUUGUGAAGCAGGCGUUAGCUUUACAGUGGUCAACGGCGUUCGGCACGACGGCCUCACAGGUGAAAGAGGAGGACAACGACUGUUUUGGAAACUAGAGAGAGCGAGAGAGAGACGUGCCACUUCUUCUACCGCUGGGACGGCUGCCUUACUUCCUACGUGAUCCAUUCUGCUUGUGCAUUCACCGACCUCACCUUUUUUUAAUUUUGCUUUAGCGAUUUAGCGUUAUUGCAGGGUCCAUUCGAUUCCACUGCAUGGAGUAUCGCUGCUACAUCGUUGGCGACGCCGUCGCCGAGCCGGGUGCGCUGCUCCGUCGGCUGCUCCAUCAGCCCUUCCCCGAAGCCGACGAGCGCGCUUGCUGCAGCACUCCCUUCUCUUUACACGCAGCGAGGAGGCGAAGAGCACGAGCACGUACCCCAUGGCGGUGUCGCUACCGAACUUGCAGGACGCGCGCGCGGCAUCGCUGACCCUGCCGAACCCGUCGAUGCCGUCGGUCGACAUCGCCGUCCAAUUUGCCGCCAUCACCGACGCCCAUGAGUUUGAGCGGGUGAUGUUGCGCCACGACAAGCCGGCCAGCGCGAACCGAAGCUUCUCGCGCGGCCUGCGGCGCUCCUUUUCGUCCCCCGUCUCCUCCUAUCAAGACUUCAUCUCAUCAGAGGUGUCGUUGCCGCUGAGCGACGCGCACGGCGUUGCCCUGCAGGCCCCACCGCACGCCAUCGUACUCCUCUUCAACCCGUUCUCGACCUGCUCCUUCUCGAAGCUGCGUGUGGAGUGGGUGCACGUCGUGCGGUUCCUGCGGCAGCAGCGUCAGCAGCUGAUGCACUCCACCACCCAGCACGAGCAGUCGCAGAAGCUGUCCACCGCAGCCGCCUUCCACGGGGCGGCGAUGCCGUCCUCCCCCCUCCUGCCCGGCUACCCGGCGGAGUCGGUGGAGAGCUUCCCGGUGGUGCUGUUGGUGGCCACGCGGAUGGAGCUGAUGGGGGAUGCGAUGGAGGCGAUGCCAUCCAUUCACGUGCCGUCGCUGCUCGACGUGACGGAGGUCGCGCAGGCGCUGCAGGCGCAGGCGUACGUGGAGGUCGGCACGAACUGGGACGAGUCAAUAGACCUCCUUCGUGCGACUAUUGCGCGGGCCUGCAUGGGGGAGCUCGCCAACGCGCCGCUCGUCACCUACAACGCGGCCUACGGCGCACGACAGGCUUCCGUUGCCCGCGCGAUAGAGGCGGUGCAGAUGGACCCCUAUGGGGAAGAGGAAGAAGGAGAGGGUGUUGCUGCUGCUGCUGCUGCUGCAACGGUGGGUGUUGGAGUCCCGCUGACCAACGCAGCGCCCUCCGCUUCGGUGAGGGAGGCCAAAGCGAGCAGCUCCAUGGCGGCGCACGGAAACGGCGACGCGGGUGCUGCGCCGACACCGGACGCGGCAAACAGCGAGAAGGACGUCGAGGAAGCGGAGGAAGAAGAGCGAACCCCAACGAGGCCCCGUAAUAUGGGCGAGGAACACCACACCGGAGAGGACGUAGACAAGAAGGAGCAGAGGAGGAGGCUGAAAGGGGCGGACUCCUCCUUCAACUCCGCCUCCGCCUCCGCUUCCGCCUCUGUCCUCACGGCAGCCGGCACCACCGAACCGGACGAGCGACGGGAGCGCGUGGCGUCGGAGAUGAACACGUCGGAUGUCGGCACCCGAUCAGCCGAUCCUUCCAGUUUUGUGGAACAAGAGGAGAAGGAAGAGAACGCCUGUGGGGAAGGCGUCGGUGCAAAGCUGCCGAGCAGCACCGUACGAGAAUCGAUUGCUCCCGAGGCGUCGAUGCCGGGUCGUCGACUGCGACGAGACCUUGCUACCUCUCUCGCGCUUCUCGUCGCACCGGACGCUGAAAAGGCCGGCGCGGAUCGUGGCGGUGAGCCGCAGCAGGGAAAGCGCGAGCUUUCCUCCCCCCCCUCACCACCGCCACUCCUGUCUCAACUCAACCAACCUCAGGCGGCGCCCACCACCACCACCACCGCCACAGCAGCAGCUGCCGCAACGGAUGUGGCUUCGUCGACGCCAGAAGAGGUGGAGGGACGCAAGGCUCGAGAGCACCACCGACGCACACGAGGAGCGUCGUCCUCGUCGAAGUGGACGUGGCGGCGGCACCCCCUCACCAGCCGCAUCUUCUACGUCCACCGCGCAAGUGGAAAGUCGCAGUACGACUUCCCAGACGACUACGACGGACCGCCGCUAGUCACCGCUGUGGCAGCAGCAUCCAAUGCGGAUGCAGCGAUGCCGCAGAGGACGAUGGAGGAAAGGGGAGCCAAUGAACUAAAAGGCGGGGCGCAUCACGAGGAGGAGGAGCAAGAGGAAAAGGAGGAGGACAGCCCUGCCGGCACCGGCGCAGAGGAGAAACAGGUAAACGAGGGGGACGAGGGGGCUGCAACUCCACCGGGCGUAGAGAUGGAAAGCAUGCGUGAGGACUUGGAUCGCUGGCAUCAGCGUCAGCAGCUGCAGCUGCGCCGCACCCAAGUCGCACGCCUCGAGCGUCAAGUCCAUCAGCUGCGGCGCCAGUCGGUCCGGUUACACGCACAGUCGGAGGCCAACGCGGAACUGAAGCAGAAGGUGGCGACGCUGCGCAGUGAGCUGGACGACACAGAACAGGCCUUUUCCGCCGGCGUCGCUGAGCAGAAUCAGAAAUUGGCAACGGAGGUGCUGCACACCACGGUGGCCGUGGAGGAGCUGACAGCGCUGCUUCUCUCAAAGGGGGGCGGUGAUGAGGCCAGGGCCGGCACUGGCAGUGCUGAGCAGCACGCUGUGGCCUACGGGGAUGGCGGCGGUGGAAAUGGCGGAGCGCAGGCCACACUGACCGGCGUGGCGAAGGACAUCCAGCAGCUGGAUGCGGACAUGACACAAAAUAUGGAGAGCCUUCGACUGGCGUUGUCGCGGCGCGAUGCUGAGGCAGACGCGUUAGAGCUACUGCGACGUCGCCGUGAGCGUGUGGCGCACCGCAAGCGCGAGGCGGAGGCAGAAAUCACCGCGCUGCUUCAACAAUCGGUAGAAAUCGAAGAGGCACUGCUGCCGCUGCACGACGACCUCGACGCGGUGCAGGACGAAGUUCGCCUGCUACAGGAUCGUGUGCGCCUUCUUGAGGAGGAGCAACGUGUGCAGGAGCAGCAGCGCCAACGGCGGUUGGGGGCGUACGUUGCACAGAAGCGCGCCACCGAGGAGCUAGUGAGACAGCUGGAUCAGCUUCGACACGCACGUAGCGGUGCGCUGGAGGCCUACGAAGCAUCACGGCGUUACGUGCGGCUGUCGAGCCGUGUCCGCCCUGCGGAGGUGCUGGAGGAGAACACGCGGCUGCGUCUUGGGCUGGAGUCCUCCACCGGCCGCUGUGCCGAGGCGCUGCUGCGAAAUGCGGAGGCGGUGCAUGCGCUGACGCUUCUGGCCGGCGAGGUGGCCGCUGCGGAAGAGCGCAUCGUGGCCCAACAAACCGACCAACGGCGGCGUCUCGUGUGGGCCGGCGAAGAAGCGGAGGCGCAUCGUGCGGCGGCGGUGCAGCUGCGGUACAACGCGCAGGAGAGCAUCCGGCUCAACGAUGAUGCGGUUACUCUGUCGAGGUACUCGGACGACAGUCGCUCCUCUUCUUCCUAUCAUGAUCAUCAUUAUCAGGGCACACCGACAGAGUUGUUGGACGUCGCAGUGGAAGCGUGCGCGGAGGCCCUUGAGCAGUGGAAGCUGUUCGACAGGCGCGUUGCAGCUCCCCUGCUGGAGGGUGCGCAGAGCGUGGAGGCGGAGCUGCUGCUGCUCCUGCGCGGUGUGUCCGGUGCUCUUCACCGCGGCACGAACGACGUGAACUUGCCGCCCCCGAUCGGUCGCAACGGACGCGAGCCACCGCUGUGUCAUGCGUGGUUGCAAUCAAAGAUCGUCGACAUUCGCCGUGAUGCGGAGGGACGCUGUCGUGCGCCGCUGAGUGCUUUCAUGCAGCACAUCUCUGCGUUGAGGAAGGCUUUCGAAGUAGACCCCAACGUGGAGGGCGCGGGCCCCGCCCCUGCCUCGCCAGCCGUAGCGGCUGCAGAUCGGACCGACACGAAGCCGUCCCAUUCAUUACGUGCUGCGCAUUCUUCUUCCGCACCGUUGUCAACGGCGCAGGCGUCUGAGCAUGCGUUGGCGUUGGAGCGUGGGCUGUGGUCCACGUGCGAUUGUCUAGUGAGUCGUCUCCCUCGCCUGGAUGACUCCUUUGUGUCGGCGUACCGCGCCAUGCGCAAGGCGUGUUGA